AUGCCACUUGCCACACAGCCAAUGCAUAAACUUGAUUUGGAUUGCCAGACAGUAGAGAGCAAGACACCCAACACACCAACUCGCAAAACCUCGAAUGCCUUGGCACGAUAUCCGGUAAUUGCAUCAUGGUCGAUCGCCUUCGAGGAUCCAUCAAAUACCCCAGCAGAACACGAGCGCUCCUUCAAAAAGGACCAGAAACCAUCAAAGUUUUUACCUGGCCUGGCGCAGAGGUCGGUCAUGUCAGCCGACCACUAUUGGACGUUUUGA